CCCCCCCCGGGACCGUCUUCCUCCCCAGACCCCACCGCCUCCACCUCUCGCCCGCUUCUCCCGCCGGCCUCCCCCAUCUCCCCAUCUCCCCAUGGCGGCGCGGGCGGCGGCGGCGUUCGCCCUCGCCGCGCUUGUCCUCGCCUCUCUCGCCGGCGCCGCGCCCCUCUGGGCCGCUCCCUGGAGCUGGCCGCCCGGCCUCUUCGCGACGAACCCGGCGCUUCCCGGGGUCACCGCAGCCUCGUCGCCCAACUCGACGGAGCUGUGCGCGCUGUGCCGCUUCGCCGUGGGGCUCGUGGACGCGUCGCUGUCCCUCCCGGGCGGGGAGGACGCCCUGGCGCGGGCCGCCGCCUCCGUGUGCGAGAAGCUUCGUCUGCAGGACCGCCGCGUGUGCCAGAACGCGACGCAGCUCUUCAAGGACUACGUGGUCACGGUGCUGCUCCACUCCGUGCUGGACCCCGCCUCCGUGUGCGGGGUCCUCCUGGGCCCCGGCUGCGGCCCCCCGGGACCCCCCCACGCCAAUUGGAGCGUGCGGCUACAGCCCGUCCCCAAGCCGCCCGUGCGGCCACCGGGGCCGCCGCCGCCGCCGUCGGCGCCCCGGGACUCGGUGCUGUUCAUCACGGACGUGCACUGGGACCGCGACUACGCCGAGGGCAGCCAGGCCGAGUGCGGGGAGCCGCUGUGCUGCCGGCGGCAGGACGGGGCCCCCUCGCCCGGUCGCCCCGGGGCCGGCAAGUGGGGGGACUACAGAUCGUGCGACGUGCCGCUACGCACCGUGCAGAGCUUGCUGGAGCACGCCACGUGGCAGGAGCACCACAACACGUGGCAGGAGCACAACACGUGGCAGGAGGGACGCGGCACGGGGGUGACGCACGCGUACUGGACAGGCGACAUCCCCGCGCACAACGUGUGGGAGCAGACGGAACAAGACCAGCUGCAGGCGCUGACGACCGUCACGGAGCUCUUCCGCAAGUACCUGGGCGACAUCACGGUCUACCCGGCCGUGGGCAACCACGAGAGCUCGCCCGUCAACAGCUUCCCACCGCCCUCCGCACCCGGCCACCACUCCUCCGCCUGGCUCUACGAUGCCAUGGCAAAAGCGUGGAGUCAUUGGCUGCCUAGCGACGCGCUUGUCACUCUACGGUUUGGCGGCUUCUACACGGCGCUGGCCAAGCCGGGCCUGCGCGUCGUCUCCCUCAACAUGAACUUCUGCUCCGUGGAGAACUUCUGGCUCGCCAUCAACGACACGGACCCUGCCGGGCAGCUGCAGUGGUUCGUGGACGUCCUGCAGGCAGCCGAGAACAACGGCGAGAAGGUUCACGUCAUCGGUCACAUCGCACCCGGGCUGUGUCGCAAGACCUGGAGCUGGAACUACUAUCACAUCAUCAACCGGUACGAAUCCACCAUUGCUGCCCAGUUUUUUGGACACGUGCACACGGACCAGUUUGAGAUGUUCUACGAUGAGGAGACUCUGAGCCGGCCGCUGGGCGUCGCGUACCUGUCACCCAGUGUCACCACCUACUGGGAUCUCAACCCAGGUUACCGUGUCUACGAGAUCGACGGUGAUCGUAACGACAGCACUCGCGCCGUACUUGACCACCACACCUACUACCUGGACCUGGAAGAGGCCAACCGUCUUGACCGGCCCACGUGGCGCCUCCUCUACUCGGCCCGCAAGGCCUACGGGAUGGAGGCCCUGGGCCCCGCCGACUGGGACGCGCUGCUGCGCCGCAUGCAGGACGACGACGCGCUCUUCGCGAUCUUCUGGUGGCACCUGCACAAGGGCCACUCGUCCGAGCCAUGCGUCGGGAUGUGCAAGGUCGCCUUGCUGUGCGCGCUGAGAUCCGGCCGCUCCUGGGACCCGGAGCAGUGCGCGCGGCUGGUUCGGCCCGAGCAGCACCAGGCCCUCGUGCGCAUCUGGAAGGAAACCGUCCGCUGCUAGGCCGAGGAGCCGCGUUCGCUGGAGAGCGGGCUGCUCCCUUGCGGCACCAGCGCUCAUCGCGUGCGUGGUCGGUGCCAUUUCAGGGUUGGGUGAUUUGCAGUUCCCAGCUCCUCCCUACACUUGGUUGACACGCAGGUUUACAUUCAAGCCUCUAUAAGCUUCGUCUUCUCAUGCUUCGGACUCGAAGCGGAAUUUUUUCGCGCAGCUCUUACUGGCAGUGGUUGCUUCGAAUGUUUGGAGUGGCGAAGUCCAGUCGGAUGAGAUUGCAGUGCCCCCUGAUGGGGGAGCGUGCCUAAGGGGCAAGGCAACCACAUCUCGCACAGAUUCCAGACGUCACGAACAUGGCUUUCUAAGAGCUGCCUUUUGAUUGGUUCCACAUUUGGUUGCAUUUCAAAAACAUUGGGGAAAUGUCAGUGGUUCAUGAUGAAUCCACGGCAUGUGAAAAGGAUAUUCAGCACUCUCAAGACACCAACUCGGGACGGUUUUUAAGCAGUGCAUCUAUUUUGCCGAGACUAAACACCUGUUCCAGUUGCGCUGCUAAUGCAAUACGCGCGUCUUUUUGCACUUUUAUGCAGGCGAUGGCAUUUGGAAAUGCCUCGAUUAAGAGCGCACAAAGGCUUUUGAUGAAACGGGUUUUAAACUGUAAAUUCUUGCAGUGAUUUUUAGAAAUACGGAUGGAAUUGCAGACAGUGUUAGUUUCACUUACAAAGGCCCAAACCUCCCAUAACAUCCAGAGGCUAUGGGUCUGCACAUUCCAAGUCACAGUGUUAGCUUCAUGAUGACGUCACGACGCGGUAACUUGCUGAUUAUAGUUUACUCCCAAUAUUGACACCGCACGUCUGGCCUUCAGGUAAAUCUCACGCAGAUUUGUCUCUUCACAGCCACUUGCACCAUGCAGUCAGCGGGGUGCGGCCUGUAGGCAUGGAGACCAGUGGUCCAUGCUAGGGCCGAGGUUGAGGGUAAGAGAGGUCUCCACCACCAGACCAAGGGUGGCCAAACGCUGUCGUUUGUUUACCCCCGGGUUGGCACGGGUAUUGACACGUGGAGUGGUGCUUAAGUCACGUUAUUGAGAACGUGGCCUCCUCCAGAUGCGGUUCAUCUUGAUGGGCGUGGCUGCUGCAUCUUGACAAUGCACGUUGACUUGUAGAUUCCCUAAUAAAGGCUUUAUUAAUUAAGGCUUCA